AUGAAUCCGUUCAUGAGCAUAAGAGACAUCGACCGCUUCAGCGAGAAGACGGCGUCAGGUGCCACGCCGCUGAUGCUGGCAGCCAGGUACGAUGACCUGCAAAGCUGCCUGGCGCUCGUGGAGGAAGAAGGCGAAGACCCAAAAGCGAUUACACACUUUGGCGUCACUCUGCUUCACUUCGCCGCCUUGAACAAGCAUCACGGAAUGGAAAUAAUUUGGCACUUCCUGGAAAAAGGACCCGAUUUGGCGGCUUCAAAGGACGUUGACGGCGAGGAACCAGUCCUUUACGCCAUCAGGGUCGGAGACUGGAAUUUGGCCAAGAAUAUUUUGCAGCUGCAGAGCGGGGAAACAAACCUACUACAUUACUUUGUGAUCAGAAACAAUAUGGAAAUGGUCCAAUUGGUCCACGAUGAAGACAAAGAGUUGAUCAAUAAAUUAGACUUGAAUGGCAGAAACGCCCUCCACUUAGCGGCCGAAUUUGCAGACCUGAAAAUGUGCGAGUGGAUUGUGGAGCACGGCGUUACAGAGGCUCUGAGCUCCGACCAAUCGACCGCACUGCACCGCGCCGCGCUGAACAAAGAGCAUGGAGAAGAGUUAGUUACGUACUUCGUUGAUCGCAAGAAACUGAAUUAUUUAUACUUCAAGAAUAGAUCAAAUGAAACGCCUAUGCACCUCGCCCUUUUAGCUGGAAACAUACAUGUGGCGCAGCAGAUGCUCAACCUCGGAGCAAAACUUUACAAUUGUUCCGAGAAAAUGUUGCUUUACUGCGUGAAGAAUAACAACCUGAAAAGCGCCAAGUUUGUGCACGAAAUGGACGGAUUGCAGAUAAAGCAGCUGGACACCAUCGGCCGGAAUGCCCUUCACAUUGCGGCCGAGUGUGCAGACCUGCAAAUGUGCCAAUGGCUCGUUGAAGAUGAGGGCUUUGACGUCAAAGCUUUGACCCGAGAGUGGAAUUCCUCGGCCAUCCACCACGUUGGCUACAACAAACUGUACGGCACGCAACUCGUCUCCUUCUUCGUCGGCUUAGGGUUGGACUUGAACUCCCUGGACGGUUAUUUGGACAGUCCCCUUCACUUCGCCCUGACGGACCAAAAUAUCGAGGUCGCCGAGGAAAUGAUCAAGUACGGUGCUGAUCUCAGAGCGAAAAAUGGACCGUAUAAUCUGCUCCACAAAUCUGUCAUCAGCAAUUUUCACAAAAACGUUCAAUUUUUGCACUCGAAAGAUCCAGGACUGACCAGGCAGCUCGGGAAAUACGAGAAUAAUGCUCUGCAUUUUGCGGCCAAGCACGCCGACAAAGAGAUGUGCAGGUUUCUCUGCGAUGAGGCCGGCAUCGACGUGCACGCCUCCUGCGGGCGAGACGCCAACGGCGUUUUGCACUUCUCCGUGAUGAAUAAAUACCACGGAGCAGAGCUAAUCGAAUACUUUGCCACCGAGAAGCAAGCAAAUGUGCACCAAACCAACAGAUUUUUCGAGACGCCGCUGCACUUUGCUCUGAAAAAAGAAAAUCUGAUCAUUGCCGAGGCGCUGCUCAAGCUUGGCGCCGACAUUAAUUUAAAGAACGCCGACAGGGGAAGUCUCCUGCACUUUUGCGCCUACCGAAACAAGCUUGGCAGUGCCAGGUUUGUGCUCCAGAAGAACAUAAACUUGAUCAACAGUGUUAACUGCUCGGGAAUGACCGCGUUGCACGUCGCUGCCAAGUGGGCAAACUUUGAGUUUUGCAAGUUUUUGGUGGAGCAAGGCAUCGAUUCCUGCGCGAAGGACGCUUUUGGCAAUGCGGCGCUGGCCUAUGUCCCAGCGACCAAUUUUAAACUGAAAAGGGGGAUGAUCGCGGCCGCGCCGGCCGCCACGAUGAUUACAAGCUCCUCCCUUGCUGGCGAGAGGAGAUGUGUAUUUUUCGCAUUUUUAAGGGUGGUUAGAGUGACGUCGUUCUCCCUAUGUGGAAACAUCAUGGCCGGCAGCCUCACCUUUCUCAGGGACUUAAAGUGGGUUGAACUUUUAGGAAAACGACACGCAGAUUUGGAGACAUUGCAGCAAAAAUUUCGAAGAAACACAAAUUUCGAAUACAAACUAGCGUUCAUCGAGGCGUACAAGGGUGAGCUGCCCGCCCUGCAUUUCGCGGCGAAGAUGACGGAUGCCGCCGUUUGCCGACGCCUAGUGGAGCAGGGCGCCGACGUCGGCGCCAAGUGCAGCAUCCUCGGCGCCUCGGCUCUGCACUACGCCGCCGUCAACGUCGUCCACGGCAUGCAACUGGCCGAGUUCUUCGUGGCCAAUGGAUGCAGCGCCGCGAGCACGGACAAAAACGGCGACGUUCCGCUCGUGUACGCGCUCCGAGCCAGAAAUUUUGAGCUCGCAGCCAAACUGCACGAGAAAAUCUCACCAUCUGGGGAAAAUCUCUUGCACUUUUGCAUCAAGACGAAUAAACUGGACUUUGCCAAAUUCGUGCUCGAGGAGGAAGAGUAUUUGAUCGGUGACGCUAGUUGCAAACGGAAUUACUUCGAGCUCGCGGUGAAAUUCGCAGAUUUGGCCAUGUGCAAAUGGUUCCUCCAGGUUUCUCCUCUCAAAGUUGGCAAUUUUGAGGAAGAAUCGUCGUUUCUGAAACUCGCUGUCAACAACGAAAAGCACGCCACUCAGAUCAUUCCAUUCCUGCUCUCAAAAUUCAAUUACAAUCACGAACGCGGAGCGAAUUUAAUAUCUUCCCUCAUUAUUCACACAAUAGAUUCGGGAAAAUUCGGAGUGGCAGAGGAGCUUUUGAAGCAUGGCGGUGGGGCCACCAAAUUAAAAGUGCGAGGAAAAAAUUUGUUGCAGUAUUACGUCUGCAAAAAUAACUUGGACGCGGCCAAAUUCGUGCACGAAAAAGACAGAAAUUUGAUCAAAGAGGUCGGGGUCAACGGAGUGACCGUCCUCCACCUCGCAGUGCAAUUUGGAAGUCUCGAAAUGUGCCAAUGGCUGCUAGAGCAAGGCCAGGCCAAGGUGAACAAGAAUUCGUUUGCCGGCUUUGUCCACUGUGCUGUGCGAAACAAACAAAAUGGAAAGGAAAUCAUGCUGAAAUUGUGCCAGAAUUUGAUUUCGUUUGACGACAAGCAGGAAGAUAUUGAAGCUGCAAAGAUUUUGCUUCGUAUAUUCCGUUCAAAAAGAAGAGAUUAUCGCCCGCUGCUGCCAUGGCCAGCAAAUGCGUGA